GCGCCGCCCGAACCUACAUCGUGCUCGUCGAGCCUCCGCCGGCGGCGCACCUGCAGCACGCGGACGACGAGGCCGCGCACCGCUUCUGGCACGAGUCGUUCAUGCAGGACUCCGGCGGCGGCGGCGCCCCGCGGCGCAUCCGCCACUCGUACAGGAGCGUGCUGUCCGGGUUCGCGGCGAGGCUGACGGACGCCGAGCUCGCCGCCGUGUCGAGGAAGCCGGGGUUCGUGCGCGCGUUCCCGGAGCGGAGGUUCCAGCUCAUGACCACGCGCACGCCGGCGUUCCUCGGGCUGGAGCCCGACCAAGGCGUCUGGAACGAGACGAGCUACGGCGAGGGCGCCAUCAUCGGGUUCCUGGACACCGGGAUCGACGAGAAGCACCCUUCAUUCCGCGACGAGGGCAUGCCGCCGCCGCCCGCCAAAUGGAAGGGCGGCUGCCAGCCUCCCGUGCGGUGCAACAAUAAGCUCAUCGGCGCUGCGUCGUUCGUCGGGGACAACACCAUCGCCGACGACGUCGGGCACGGGACGCACACCACUGGCACGGCAGCCGGCCGGUUCGUGGAAGGCGCCUCGGCCUUCGGCCUCGGUGCCGGCGGCGGCACCGCGGCUGGGAUGGCGCCCGGUGCGCACCUGGCCGUGUACAAGGUCUGCGAUGCCCAAGGGUGCUUCGAGUCCGACUUGCUGGCCGGGAUGGACGCCGCCGUGAGGGACGGCGUCGACGUCCUCUCGGUGUCCCUCGGCGGCGUCUCCACGCCGCUGGACAAGGACCCGAUCGCCAUCGGCGCGUUCGCGGCGAUGUCCAAGGGCGUCCUCGUGGUGUGCGCUGGUGGGAACAGCGGCCCGCUGCCCUCCACGCUGUCCAACGAAGCGCCGUGGAUGCUGACCGUGGCGGCCGGGUCGGUGGACCGGAGCUUCCGCGCCACCGUGCGGCUCGGCGACGGCGAGAUGUUCGAAGGCGAGUCGUUGACUCAGGACAAGCACUUCAGCUCCAUGGUGUAUCCCCUCUACUACUCUCAGGGCAUGAACUACUGCGACUUCUUCGACGUCAACAUCACCGGCAUGAUGGUCGUGUGCGACACCGAGACGCCGGUGCCACCCAUGAGCUCGAUCCAAGCUGUCCGGGAGGCUGGCGGCGUCGGCAUCGUGUUCAUCAACGAACCCGAUUUCGGAUACACCAUCGUCCUGGAGAAGUACUACGACCUCCCCAUGUCGCAGGUGACCGCGGUCGACGGAAACAAGAUCAUGGGCUACGCCAUGAAGGGCUCGUCGACGUCCAACCAUACGGCAACGAUCGUGUUCAACAGCACCGUCGUCGGCGUGAAGCCGGCGCCGAUCGUGGCGGCCUUCUCGUCGCGGGGUCCCAGCGUCGCCAGCCCCGGCGUGCUCAAGCCGGACAUCAUGGCGCCGGGGCUCAACAUCCUCGCCGCGUGGCCGUCGGAGGUGCCCGUCGCGGGGCCCGGGUCCUACAGCUUCAACGUCAUCUCCGGCACGUCCAUGGCGACGCCGCACGUCACCGGCAUCGUGGCGCUCGUCAAGAAGGCGCACCCGGACUGGUCCCCCUCUGCGAUCAAGUCCGCCAUCAUGACGACGUCCAGCGCCGUCGACAACGACGGCCACAAGAUCAUGGACGAAGAGCACCGGGAGGCAAGCUUCUACGCCGUCGGCGCCGGACAUGUGGUCCCGACGAGGGCCGUCGAUCCCGGCCUGGUGUAUGACCUCGGCGUGCGCGACUACGCCGGCUACGUCUGCAAGCUCCUCGGCGAGGCGGCCCUGAAAACCAUUGCCGGAAACGCUAGCUUGACCUGCACGGAGAUCGAACCCAUCGGUGCAGCGGAGCUGAACUACCCGGCGAUACUGGUGCCGCUGCGCGCCGAGCCAUUCGCGGUGAACCGGACGGUGACCAACGUCGGUCCGGCGAAGUCGAACUACACCGCCAAGAUCGAAGCGCCGAAAGGGCUGAGUAUCAAGGUGGAGCCGGCGGAGCUAGAGUUCACGGAGGUAAAGGAGAGGAAGACGUUCACGGUCACAGUGAGCGCCGCCGGAGCCAGCGCCGAGCAGAAGCUCGCCGAGGGGACACUGAGCUGGGUGUCGCACGAUCACGUCGUCAGGAGCCCGAUCCUGGUCGACUCCAGCAUCACCCUGAGUUGAUCCCCACGACUGCACGUUUGCAUUGCCAGAUUGCCUACUAACUAGUACUCCUUCCGUCCUCUACGCACAGCUCUGUUACACAAUAAAGACACGCUAAUUUUGCGGGUGCCUAACCGUGUUGCCUGGCUCCACAUCCGAUGCAAGUUAUCCAGCUGAGUUUCCUUUUUGUUGCUAUGGAGUCAGAUUUGUAUAGCCUAAAAAGCAGCGCUUGCCAAAUCUGAUUCAUUUGGCACCAGCGAUUCAACAGCUCUAAAUUUUGAGAGCCAUGCAAACAACUGCGAUA